AAGAAGAAACAGAAGACAACAAGUGAAAGCCAGGACCAGCCGCAGCAGCAAGUCCCAGUGGCCAGCAAUAUCAAGGGGAGCAUUUCCCAUGCAUCACAGCCCAGAGCCCCCAGCAUCCCUAGGACAGCUGUCACAACCCAGGACAGUAGGAAGAAAAUGUCCAGCGUGAGCGUGAGGCAGUACAGUGAGGUGGGAGGAAAGCAGGAUGAGGCCGUGCUGGAGCGAGAAGGGAAGUGGGACAGCGUUGGAGAGGUGAAGCCUCUGCUACCUUCAGAGGAAAUCCACUUAGCAGACCAGGAUCAGCUAUCCCCAGAGGAAAUCCAUUCACCAGACCAAAACCAGCUAUCCCCAGAGGAAAUCCACUUUCCAGACCAGGAUCAGCUACCCCCAAAGGAAACCCACUUACCAGGCCAGGAUCAACAGGAGGCACUGGAGGAUGUGGCUGUGGAUGAGGGGACAGACAAUGAGAAGAAUCUGAGCUCUGACCUGGCCACAGUGGUGAACUACUUCGUCUCAGAGCCAGAGGACUUGCUGUGUCUUGCUGCUGUGGAUGAUGCCUCUCUGGCUGCCCUUUCGCUGCCAUUGUCAGAGCCUGACAUCUUCAUGGAGAACCAGGCCUUGAUGCUGGAGAGAUGCCCUACUUCACCCAUAUAUUCCCCAGACCCUACCUUAGAGUACAAAGAUGACACCAAGGACAUAGAGUCCAUCCUGGAAUCUAUCACCAGCAAGGUCCUGACCAGCACUGAGAAGCUAGAAAAGUCAGGACACAUGGGAGGUAAGGGCAGGUCUUUUUCCUUGGAAGAAACUUAGGAAUCUCUGGAAGCAGAUGAGCUAAAAGCAUUGUGCAUACCUGUACUGGUGCUUCUCAAAUGACAAGGACAUGAUGUUAACACAGAAGCUACACAAGGCAACUGAUUCCCUUAAAAGGAACCUUGAGUGCUGUUUUUCUUCCUUUCCUUAGAAGGAAAACAA